UUCUUUCCGCCCUCGCUCUCGCUGGUGCCAUCCAUGUUGCCUCCACUAUGGAUACCUGCGACUUGGCGGCCAUUAAGACGACUCUCAUGGGCAACGAAACAAUCGCCGACAAAUUGACGACUGCCGCAGACAAGUGCGAGGCGGACACUGGUGUCGAUAUCUUUGCCAUCGAGGGGUUCCCGACGAAGGAGACGGCAUUGGAGUUCCAGCAGAGCAACGAUGGCUGCAACGUCGCCAUCAACAUCGUCACAAGCCAGGCCAACAUCAACACGCGGUGCCACAUCGAUGUGAACGGCACAAUGGUGAUCUACGGCGACCUCGUCAGCGACUUCCUCACGGGCAAGACGGGCAACGAGUCCGAGUCCGACAGCGCCUCCGAAUCCUUGAGCGAGAGCGCUUCCGGCUCCGAGUCCGAGUCCGAAUCCGGCAGCAGCAGCACCGCCUCGUCCAACUCGACCUCCACAUCGGAUGCUCCCACGACUACGUUGUCUUUGGUGAUGUACGGCGCUGUUGCCGGAAUUGCCAUUGCGCUGCGCUAGGUCAAUCACCUGGUGAUAAUACUCGGGCACGCACGUAACUACAUCUGCCAGAACUCUAAAUUGGCAAUAAAGUGCAUUCUCAAAGU